GACAGGAACAUCUGUUUUCAUCUGGCUGUGAGAGGAGUCAGUGAUCUAUAGUUUCACUUUAACCCCAUUUACCAAAACAAUGGCGCGAGUGGAAGUUAGCAGUGUUACUGUUUCCCAGGGUGUUCGUAUGAUGUUCAGUCUAAUGACACCUAAUGAAUCAUCAUUCGCGACUCUAGAAGAGGUUCCGAAAUAUGUCAAUCAGGCCACACCAUACUUCAUUGGUUUGAUGUUGUUGGAGAUUGUUUUGGGAUGGUUAAAAGCAGACCACCCUCGCAUCAAGAUCAACGACUUCAUUACGUCUGUUUCAGCAGGGAUGAUGUCACGUCUCCCUCAGCUCAUGAUUAGAAGUAUGGAGCUGUCAGCUUAUAUCUAUAUCUGGAACAACUUCUGUGUAUAUGAGCUUCCCUGGAAUUCUGCUUGGACGUGGUGGCUUGCGUUUCUUGGUGUGGACAUGGGAUACUACUGGUUUCAUCGAUGUGCCCAUGAGUUAAACAUUCUGUGGGCAGCUCAUCAGGUUCAUCACAGCUCUGAAUACUACAAUUUGUCAACAGCACUACGCCAGUCUGCCACCCAGCAGUUUUCUUCAUGGGUGUUUUACCUUCCAUUGGCACUGGUGGUUCCUCCAUCAGUGUUUGCAGUGCAUAUACAGUUUAACCUGCUCUAUCAGUUCUGGAUUCAUACUGAGCUGGUCAAAGAUCUUGGACCUCUGGAGUGGAUUCUGAAUACUCCCAGCCACCAUAGAGUUCACCAUGGCCGAAACCCAUAUUGCAUUGAUAAGAAUUAUGCCGGUAUCCUGAUCAUUUGGGACAGGAUGUUUGGUACGUUUGCUUGGGAAAGUGAUAAAGUUAUCUAUGGGCUAACACAUCCAAUCAACACAUUUGAAAACUGGACUGUCCAGCUCCUUAAUUACCCGUACCUGUGGCAGAGGUUCUGGGAAUCUGAAGGAAUUUCAAAUAAGCUGUCUGUCAUUUUUAACGGGCCAGGCUGGACUCCAGGAAAACCAAGACUGGGGGACAUUGCUGAUAUUCCUGAGAUUACAGGAGAGGAAAAGCCACAUGAUCCAGCAUGGUCCCCAGCUCUGCAAGCCUACGUGUUUAUACAGUUCAUACUUCUGCUGGAUGUGUACAACAACUUGUUAAUGGAUCAAACGAUACUUUCUGAGAUGACUGUACUUCUCAUGACGGCCUAUGUGCUAUUGUCUCUUACCUGCUUGGGCUUCAUUAUAGACCAGAGGGCUAAUGCAGCAGAAUGGGAAAUGAUAAGAUGCCUUGUGAUAAUGGCUCUUCAUCGUGUUGGUUAUAUUAAGCCUCCGGUGCCUCUUUUGGCUUUUCCCACUGAGGCAUUUGUGUUAAUAUCUGCAGUCUACUGGAUUCUGCAAUGUGUGAACCAGCUGACUAACAAGAUGAAGAAACAAAACUAAAACAUCAGCUGUCAUAAACAACAACCUCACAAUACAGGGAACAUUUUCCCCCUCAUAUUACUAGAAAAAUCUCAUAAACAAUUUUUCUUAAAGAUUCUGACAAACUGAUACAAAUGUAACUUGUUUAAAACAUUUUGGGAAAACAUUUUUGUUUUAGUCUAGCAGUCAAAAGGCACUAAAAUGGUACGAAUGAAUGUUAAGACACUAAAGACAUAGAAAGACUAUAUGUCUCCUGGUGUUCAGAAUGGUACUACCAGCUGAAAGCUCAAGUUUUCAGCCAUACAGUAAGCACUUGUAGUUCAUGAUGUAGAUUAAAAACUGAAAUAUAUGACAGAAGCACAAUUUAUUUUGAAGACAUUUGUCUAAAGUUUCAAACUACUGUAUAAAACAGAAUCUGCUUUUUUUUUUUUUUCUAAGAACAACUUGUAACAGUCUGAAUAAACCAAUAAACUGAAUGGUAGCUGUG